AUGGACUUCGUUCGGUCUACACCUACUACCUCAGCACCUAGCUCAGCGCUUGACGAAACAUAUGACGUUCACAAAAAACAUGCCGGCGAGACGAUCAAGCCCAGCGAAUUCAAGAAAGUCUUACGGAAGAUCGACCGGCGCAUAAUACCGGUAUUAUGGCUCCUGUUCCUACUACAGCAACUGGAUAAGAACGGCAUCAACUAUGCUUCAGCAUACGGGCUGCAAAAGGGCACUCACCUUCAUGGUCAGCAGUACUCGUGGCUGGCAAGUAUCUUCUACUUCGGAUACCUUCUCGGGCAAUGGCCUAGCGGAUAUCUCAUGCAGAAGCUUCCCAUCGGCAAGUUCUUGUCAGUGACGACUUUGCUUUGGGGUGUGAUCCUCCUCACUACACCAGCUUGCCACAACUUCGCUGGCAUUGCAGCGAACAGAUUCCUGCUGGGCUUCGUAGAAGCAGCUGUCAAUCCCGGCUUUGUGCUCAUCAUGGGCAUGUGGUACACAUCCUCUGAACAGCCCCUACGUCUGGAAUCGUAUUACUGUACCAAUGGAAUUGCAACCAUGUUCGGAGGCCUGAUCGGUUACGCGGUAGGACAUAUCAGCUCCGGCCUCGCCAAAUGGAUGUACAUCUUCAUCAUUUUCGGCUCUAUCAGCUUCGCAGCUGGUGUCUAUGCGUUGACUACGUUACCGGAUCUUCCUUCGAAGGCCAAGUUCCUGACUGAGAGGGAGCGCUACGUGGCCGUCGAGCGAGUUGCCAAAAACAAACAGGGCAUCAAGAACAGCAACUUUUCAAAGUACCAGGCAUGGCAGACCAUCUAUGAUCCAAAGACGUGGCUCCUAUUCGUUCUUGCUGUCGGUGCGCAAGUACCCAACUCAGCACUGACCAGCUUCACUUCGAUCAUUCUAAAGUCCUUCGGCUUCGGGACCUUGGGCACUCAGUAUCUACAAAUCCCGGGCGGAGCAGUACAAUUCCUCUCUUUACUAGGAGGUGGCAUCAUCUGCUCCAAGUUCCCGAACAUACGAUGCGCGACCAUGAUUGUGGCCAACCUGAUCUGCAUAGUCGGCUCCGGGCUACUGGUGGGGCUUCCAGAUAGCAACAAAUGGGGCAGACUGGUCGCCAUCUGGCUCUGCUACUUCCAAGGUCUCGGGUUCUCGAUGUCCUUAACAAUGGUCAGCUCAAACAUCAGUGGCUUCACAAAGAAGCAGCUCACAGCGGCCAUCCUUUAUACAGGGUACUGCGUAGGGAACAUCAUUGGACCGCAGACAUUCAAGGACAGCGAAGCACCUGGCUACCAUUCAGCAUAUGUCGCCAUGCUUAUCGGCUACACCAUCAAGCUCCUCGCCGUCUGCGUCCUCUACUUUUACAUGUGGUCCGUCAACAAGAAGCGUGACAGGGAUGCUGCCACUCGAGGCAUAGCCAGCGAUGAGGAAGAGAAGGCUGCGAUUGAGCAAGGAAUGCAUGAUAUGACUGAGCUUGACAACAAGGGGUUUAGGUACUCGCUCUGA